GUGCAGUGCAGGGUAUCCUUUUGCAAUCUCUUCCCCGCCUCUCUCGUAGUCGCAAUUUGUCGAAGGCUAGAGUAAUUCGACGGGAUCAACAGGCAGCGAAUUGCGAAAAAAAUCCAAAUUAAGGAGAGGGCGAAGAAACUUAGGGAGCCAAGUUUAACUUGUUUUUGAGUUCGACGAUUAUGGGAUUAUUGCAAGUGGAUUGGAGGCGGACGUCGUACUCCGUAGUCCCAUAGUGGUUCGUUGAAAUCGAAGGCAAACAAGUGGAGACGAGAACGACGAGGGAGAAGUAGGAGAUGAAGGGUGGGGGUGGGGGUGGGGGUUCGUCUUUCACACUUCCGUCGAAGAGGCGAUGGAAAGGGCUAGUGAUUGCGGUGCUGGGUCUCGUUUUCCUUUCCAUGCUUGUGCCCCUCUUCUUCUUGCUUGGCCUCUACAAUGGUUUUCACUCCACUUCCGGAUAUUCAACCGAACACCGAAGCACAGCUGCACAUAGUAUCAGAGUUUAUGAUCAACCAGAAGGCAGUUACACCAAGAAUCAAUCAGAGGGGGACCGAUCAACACAUGUAGAUAAUCUUAUAAAGAGAUUGGGACCAACUCUUCCAAAGGUUCUUUGCAUAUUGCUUUGAUGGUUAAGGCUCAGCUUCUUGUACUGGUUGCUCAUUGAGAGUAAUGUUACAUUUCAUGUGGCUGGUGUUUUAUAUUUUAUUAAAUUUUGUCGUUGUAAGAAAAGAAGCAGCAAUUCCUCGGUCACCAAAUUUUUUAAAUUGAAAACAUCAUAGGCGAAGACCAAACCUUAGUGGCCGUGUUAUAUUCUUAGAAACUUGUAAGACUCUAGGCAACCGAAGACUUGCCUGUUGACUAAAAAAUUAAGAUGGUAGCCCAUUUUACAGUCCGUAGACAACUUACUAGGACACCUUUGCAUCAAUUUUGAGAUAGUAAGCCUAAAUCUGGCAAUAAUAGCUAACUAAAAGCAUUCUAAAGACUGUAAACUAAUUUUGAAAUCUCAAUUGUCUUCUUUGAUUUGCGUGAAAUUAAUCCAAAUUGCAAUUGUUUUUCCUUAAAUGAUCUAGUAGUCUACAGUUUGCACAAGAGAAUCUUUUCCAAUUGCUUGGGCAGUUGGUGCAUUUACUGUGAUAUUGAUGUCCUUGGCAAGUGUUUGACGAAUUUGUGAUAUAUUCAUUCUACUUAUCGAGUUGAGUAGCAUUAUCAUCCAUAUUGUAGUUGUUAUACUUUGAUGCUUUUCAAGAAACUGUUUUUGAUAUUCAAGAACUAGGAAAUGCUAGUGGUUGAGUUCAAAGGAUAACUGAGAAGAUAUUGAAUAUUUUAAAUUCGUUCUCUUGCUCCAAGUCAUGCAACCAGUACUUCCCUUAAUUUGAUUUUGGACUUCCUGAUAUUUAUAUAAUAUAGGGAGCUGUAAUCUCUAUUGAGGAAAUUCAAAUUUAAAAACCUUGAAUCAUCUAUCCCAGGAUAUUUUGUCUCAUGUAGAAAUUCUUGGUUGUCAUCAGCUAUUUUCCAUUAGGGUCUUGCUUCUUUAUCGAAUGCAAUAUUUGGGUGGGAUUUUUAU